AUGUCUGGGGAAAUAAUUCUCUUCGGUUGCAAGUUCCUUGUGGCCGAGAUUGGUUCUUGGGUCACCAGAGACAAAGCUUCCAAGACAACUUUGAAUCCGAUCGUCCGAUGGGGUAUGAACACGACUUAUGUCGCAGUCGUAGUGGUUUCAAUUUUCUUUGUGCUGUACUGCUACAUCGGCGCCAAUACGGAGUACAAUAAAGCAAAAUCAAUUUUGCACGGUAUUGUAGAUGACCUUCAUUCUAAAGCACCUCAAUUCAACCCCAAAACAUAUAGCCCCCUUGUCAUGUUGAAGCAGUUGGCACCAGCAAAGGCUAUGUUGUCUCAUAUCCAUCAAGUUGCUCGCUCAACGCGACAUGGAAUCAUCUGUUAUUAUGCGAUCUUGAUCCUCCUCAAUUUGCUUUAUAUCCCGCUGUUCAUCUACUCUCUUAGAUAUAUUUAUACACAAUCUGAAUUCGAGAGAAAACUAUGCUGUGCUUUGAAGGAUGUUGAAGGUGAAUCAUGUGAAAAACUAGAAAGAAAAUUCUUCAAAAGCCAAAAUAGCAGGAGAGCCAUUCUGUUGCAGGCCGUCGCUUGGUUUCUUGCUACCUUCUCAGAACUUGCCAUACUUACCGCUCAACUUUGCUUUAGGGGUGAUGGAUUCUUGAAAGACGCCAAGUGGAUAAGACUUACUUUAGUUGGAUUGCAUUUACCCCCAGCAAUCUUGGGAAACAUCAAAAAAAAGUCAAGUCACGCAGAUUUCAAUGCAAGCACUCAUUAUUGGAUUGGACGCUGUAAAGUACCUAGCUCUGUGGGGCAUUUCGACAAGCAAGGACCGGAGACCAUGAGAUCACGUAGCUCCGAUGAACCGCUUGGUAAGCUAGGGUCGGAGAUCUUGACAGCACGAAGUUCCCAUGAACCACUUGAUCAGCGAGGAUUGGAGGUCUUCAGAGCAAGCAAUUUGCUUGAACCGCUUAAUCAGCUAGGGUCGGAGGUCUUGAGAGCACAUAGUACCGAUGGACCACCAAACACUCCUGAGGGAUCAUCCCACAAGGAGAAAUUGGUGGGCUUGGUGGAUAUAUACACGGAUCUACAACCACAAGAGUCUCAUCAAACACAAUGUGUGGAUGGCACAACAACUGGGACUUCAAAGAACACGCAUGGUAAUAGUUCAUAUCAAUCAAUGGCCACACAAAGUCCUCACCAAGGGACUUUCUCUUGCAAUGAAUAA